GCCAGAAAUGCGACGUUUUACUGGAGCAGCUUGUCCUUCUCCAUCCGAGAUUCCACUCUUAAUUUCCAACGACUCCAAAAACCAAGACAUCCCGCUGCGCCAAGCAAAACAGAAGCAACGCAGAACCGGCUGACCUCAUCAUUCGUGGUUCGAUACGGCUUAGAACCAGUUAAGCAAGGAUCAACGUGGGAAGAGAUAACGGUUGGAUUGGCCCCUGGUUGGGCGCCCCAAUCUCCGCAAUUGAGAGCUUGGAAAUGCGCAGCUCAUGCAUCCCAAUCACAAUUCCCGCUGACUGCAUGUGUGGUUUUGCCAAGGGCAGACUAUCUAAGAUAACUUGAGAGCUAUCCUUGUUGUCCCCCCAAGAUCAGCAGAGCAUAAAUACCACGGCCAUGGCGUCCCUGUCUCUCCGAUUUUUCAAUCGCGCCCUCCUGUGGAAGAAGAAAUUGAGCCAGAAUGCAUGCUCUUUCGCUCCUCGUCGCGGCCGGCAUUGCCGUCGCUGCUCCCGCUCCCGGCUGCAAGCCCCAGUACCCCGGGAAAAUCACCAACAUCCAGGUCGGCCCGCGCCCAUUCUGGCUCGUCGACCAGAUGGAGGACAGCGCGCUCAAGACCGAGCUCGCCGCCUGCUCCGAGAAGCCCAUCCGCCAUGCACCCUUCUUCUCCAUCUCUCACCGCGGCGGCCCCGUGCAAUUCCCCGAGCACAGUCGCGAAGGGCUCUACAUGGGCGCGCGCAUGGGCGCCGGUGUCCUCGAAUGCGACGUGGCGUUCACGAGCGACCGCCAGCUCGUCUGCCGCCACUCGCAAUGCGAUCUCCACACGACAACCGACAUUCUCCUGAAGCCCGAGCUCGCAGCGAAGUGCACCACACCUUUUACACCUGCGACAGCCGACUCCUCCGCGACAGCCAAGUGCUGCACGUCGGACAUCACGCACGAGGAGUUCCUCUCCCUAUGCGCGAAGAUGGACUCGUCCAACCCCAACGCCACAACCCCCGAGGAAUACCAAUACGGCGGUCCCAGCUGGCGCACAACCCUCUACGACAACUGCGCGACAACAAUCGACCACAAGACCUUCAUCAACAUCACCAACAGCCUCGGCCUACAAUUCACACCUGAGCUCAAGACCCCCGAGGUCGAGAUGCCCUUCCAGGGCGAGUACACACAGGAGAUGUACGCGCAACAGCUCAUCGACGAGUACAAGGAGGCAGGGAUCAACCCCAAGCGCGUGUGGCCGCAGUCCUUCCUCGAGGAUGACAUCCUCUACUGGAUCAAGGCCGAGCCCACCUUCGGAAAGCAGGCCGUUUACCUCGACCCCCGCGUCGAUACGCCUGAGGGCUACGAAGUCGCUGUUGCGGCCAUGGAAGAUCUGUAUGAGCAAGGCGUGCGCGUCAUGGCGCCGCCGAUCUUCGCUCUCUUGAACACCUCUGCUGACGGCGAGAUCGUUCCUUCAUCGUAUGCGACGGCCGCCAAGGAGGCCGGCAUGGAUAUCAUCACCUGGUCGCUUGAGCGCUCGGGACCGCUGAAGCAGGCUGCCGCUGCGGGCGAGUACUACAUUGCCACGAUCGCGGAUGUGAUCAAGGGCGAUGGCGACAUGUACCGCAUCGUCGAUGCGCUGGCGCGCAAGGUCGGCGUCAAGGCUAUCUUCUCCGACUGGCCUGCGACGGUGACCUACUACGCCAACUGCGUUGGUCUCGCAUAGAUAACGACCGCAUUGUCGCGUAGAAGCGAUGGGUAUAUAUAAUCGAUAUAUAAAAGCAAGAGGAAUGUAUAAUAAUGAAAUAAUAGAAGAAUAAACUUUCUCGCCACGACAUGACAUCACGACCUGCGUAUAUAAACCCCCCGCACCCGCGAAGCUCACCCCAGAUUCACUAAAACACCACCAAUCAAU